AUGUCAGCUUCGGCUAACGACAUUGACGACAGGGGCCGAGCCGGCGGCAAGCAGCUUGUCAACCGUGCCGCCUACGCAAAGUCAAGUGUGACAAGAAACGGCCGUUGUGCGGCCUGUGCAAACUCAGCGGUCACCCCUGCGAAACCCCCAGCGAGGAAUCGCGAUGCGGCUGAUGUGGUUAUGACUGACAAUUCCCGAGAUAUCAACCACACACUUCCCCGUGCCGCCUCUGUCGAGGCAUCCAGAGAUUUCCUUCAGAUACCUCCUCAUAGAGCAAGUGCCGACACAGUUUUGCAAUGGGGGAUUUUUGAAGGAAAGUAUGCAGCAAACUUCCUCAUCGGCACGUUGUUCAGUCCAGAUGACAACAGUGUCUCUCUUUGCACAGGAGCUACCUCAGGCUCAUCCGGGGAUGUCAUCACGAACACUUCAGGGCUCACCCAUCUCGAAGAGGAACAAAUACCUGGCCUCAUUGACAGGUUCCUGCAAAAUGUGCACACCAAGAACCCGAUCCUCGACGUCGAAGCUUUGGUAAAGCAUGGAAGAAAAUGCGCAGAGCAAGGCAUCGGAUGGGAUGGCCGAUCUUGUCUAGUCCUCAUGACGUGUGCUCUAGGUGCCGUGGCAAAGCCUUUCGACAGAUCAUCUCUGCCCAUGUCGAUGGCCAUUUCUCCCGCGAGUGAGACGGGGCCAACUAGUGCCUCAGCAACGUCUUCUAAACUGUACGCCAAGGAGUUGCAGCAGGGUGAUUGUUGCUUUACCAUGGCAUGUCGGCGUCUUGGGUCGUUGAAGUAUUCCAUGCUCGGUGCGCAAUGCCAUUUUUUUGCUGGCGUAUAUCUCAUGUACACCUUGCGGCCAAUGCUAUCCUGGCAUUAUUUCCUACAUGCUUCAAUAUUCUGUCAAAUGUAUCUGAAAAUGACUCACGGACUGUCUGGGAACUUCACAGAGGUUUUGGGGGAUUCAUAUCAACGCUCCACAUCAAAUGACCGUAAGUCUCGACGCUUGGAGCAGAGCCUGUAUUGGUCUUGUUUCAAAUCAGAGUGCGAGUUUCGAGUAGAACUGCCCCUUCAGCAGUCUGAAAUCAGUCUCGGUGAAUAUCCAGAUCUGUUUCCUUCACCGCCCUCACCUAUGACCACGGAUCAACAAGGGGCGGCUUCGUCGGCAUCUGCAUACGGUGAGUCUGGAUUAAUCGUUGACGAAGCCACGGAAUUGCGACAGCAUGCUGUUCGACUAUGCAACGAAGAGGAAAGCUGGUACUACUAUCUCACCGAGAUAGCCCUCCGUCGUAUCGGCAACCGAAUCGUCAACACAUUCUUCCGGCAAGAUAAAUUGUCGUGGCUGAAUAUCAAGCCCCUCUUGCGCAUGGCACAGGAGUUUGAAGCGCAGGUAUUGACUUGGUCGGCGCAUCUUCCUCCAGCAAUGCAGCAUUAUGAGACCACAUUCAUCAUCCGCGCUCCAGACUCAACCAUGAGAGGAGCAGGCAGUCAUGUGUCAAGAGAACUCAGCUGGGCCAUAGACAAUCGGCUCCUCGAGAUGCAGACAUGGCUAUACCAGCCUUUCUUGUAUUACUUGGUUCAUACUGGCUCUGACAGUAUAAUCGAACCUGCUGGAGUUGCAGCAGGGACUGACCAACAACCUCGAAUCAGCAGCCUGUUAAACCCGUUUUCACCACCAAAAAUUGGAGCUAGCCCUGGGUCAGCGGCCAGUAUUCCUGGUACCUCGCCUCUGAAUGCCGACGAUGUUGCAGUUCUUCACUCCCUUAUAUCAAUGGGGAUUGAAUGCCUCCUCAAAACCAUCGACGUCCGUGCCCGUGGCCACCGCCACCAUGGCUUAUGGUAUGACCUUCGCAGUAUUAUGUGUGCGUCCUUGAUAUUGCUGGCUGUGGUGAAGAGCGGCAACGCGGAUUGGAUUCCAGGAGGAGCUGCGACUCUUUGGGGCGAGCCACCUUUGCCGUCGGGCUACUGGACGGGAACUGUUGCGCCCAUAGGCGGCAAAAUUGCAAAGGUCCUUUCCCAGUUUGACUUCUGGGCGGGAGAGUCGCCAGAUCUAUUGCGAUAUAAAGAAGUGCUUGAGGCUGUGGUGAGGGACGUUAGAGGCUCCUAG